GUUCUCGCUCGGCCACAUUCUAGAUGCGGCAAGCUAACCACCAGCAGACUUACAAACGCCACCACCCACCAACGCAUCUAGACGGGAUAACUUUUCGCGAAGAUUUUUUUAGCUGGUCACUUUGUCGUUACGUCUCCUACUACGUCUAUUUCUGGAGCAAGGAACUCAAAGCGGAAGACCUCGGAGCUGCAUGACGCCACUAUCUAUCAUUCACCGUGGACAUUAUCGUUCUAACUCCACGCAUCGAGCAACAUAAAGAAACGGUUAAGAUGAGCUACAGUAUUGGAGAACAGCUUCACCAGCACCAGACCAGCCCCCCGCAGAGCAAUGUACUCGAUAGUCUGUCCCCGACGCGCUGCACUAAAGCCUGCUUUCUGCGCGAAGAGCAAAAUGCGCGAGAACUUCAGAAACUUCGUGACUCGUAUGUUGCCUUGAAGCUGGAGACGGAUAAGGAGAUCGCGUUUCUCAAGCAGCAGCUUGCUUCGGCAGCGUCUUCGAGUCGUUCAACGUCUCCAGAAAAAUCCACAAGCGCUAACUCCAGAACGACGUAUCAAGCGUCAACAGAAAUUACGGCAUCGUCACCGCACACGCUUGUUCCAACCGUGUACUCCAUCACGGACUCAGGCGUAAAGCCAUCCGGACGAAUUGACCGCCUGGGAAGUAUUAAGUCGGCGCAGGUAUUGGCGUCUCUACGACCAUUUUCCAUUCCUGCCACUGGCGAGAUUGCAGUAGCACGACGAGUGCUUGCAGCAUUGGCGGACCCCAUGAUGACGACUCAGCCUUAUUUGCGUUCUCUUCAAUUUGCUGCUGACCUUGUUGAGCUAAGCGUUCAGGUUGGUGCAAUACUGGAGACUGAAGCUCGUUGUUUGGAUCUACCUAGUCCGGUGUAUGUAUUCGGCGACGUUCACGGCAACUGGACCGACUUGCGCUUCUUCGCGGAUAAUAUUUGGCACCUCGGGCUGGAACUCACAGCGGGUAGCUUCCUCUUCCUCGGCGACUACGUAGACCGCGGCAGUUCAUCCCUUGAAUGCAUAGCCUACCUCUUCGCACACAAACUUCUCUACCCAGGCAAGAUUUUUCUGCUACGAGGCAAUCACGAAACUCGUGCUGUCAAUGGCCUUGAGGCGCAUUACGGUUCUGGGUGUUUACUGGCACAGUGCAAGGCACGGUUCGGAACAAGUGAAGGUUCUGUCAUCUGGCACCAGCUCAAUAACUCAUUCGAUCGCUUGCCUGUCGCUGCGGUCAUUGACAACGAUGUUUUCUGUGUGCAUGGUGGGAUUCCAAGACCGAUUGACGAAAAUGAGGACCUUCUUGAGACGAUGGCGAAAUUGCCAACAGCAGCAUCGCUAGACACCUUGGAUAUUGCGUUCUAUGCUGGUAAACCGCAACUAUCCAUGAUCGCAGACAUGAUCUGGGGCGAUCCGGUUCGAAACGAAGAGUCUUUGACACGGGCAAGCAGUUGGAGGCUGGACUCUAAAGGUUUCGGCAAGAGCCCGCGCGGUGGAGUUGCUGUGCGCUUCGGGUCCCGAGCAAUUGACCAGUUUCUAGGUCAAUACGGCUUCUCUCGCAUCUUGAGAGCUCACGAAGCUGCUCGAGAGGGACUGUCCUUUAGUAACUCUGCACGUGUCAUCACCAUAUUUUCUACGUCGAAGGAUCAUGGUCUAGGCGACGAUGCGAGCUGUGGCUGCGUUCUCGUGGACAAUCAGCACUUGCGUUUCUUCAAUAGAGCAAGAAGUGCAGGUAGAACCCACCGUCAGCAAUUGAUCAGAAGACACAAUGGCAGUCGAAUCAAUAGUACGUCCUGGAUCAGCCGUCUGUCAAGUGGACUUACGUCGAGCAAUUUUGUCAGCAUUCCAGCGUCACUGUACAGACAACGCGGUGGUAAGGAAAGCGACGGAGACACAGACGACGAAGACGAGCAAUCCAGCACCAAUUCAGUUGUCCACUGUUCGGUUAGUGCUAUAAGAAUCAGCAACGAUGCAGACAGCCACGAGGACAACAACCAAGCAGACGAAGACUAAGUUUAAGAAAAAGGAUAUCAAGAGCC